AUGGAGAAAGACGUCGAAGCCAAAGGUGCUGCGUCGAGCCCGAGUUCGAAUGGACAUCCUGACAUGAGGGAGGGUCAUGUCGACCUACCUCGAGCUCCAACUGCUAUGGGUCGCUUCAUCGACAGCUUCAAACGAAAUCCCAAUGCUCGAGUCACUCCAGAAGCCGUAGAUGCAGAGGGCAAGCCUCUACCCGACCAACCUCCUGCGGAACCUGCCCUAGCCAUGAAGUUGAAACCAAGACAUUUGCAAAUGAUUGCUAUCGGUGGCUCAAUUGGUACCGGUCUUUUUGUCGGUUCAGGUUCUGCCUUAGCCAACGGUGGGCCCGCGUCCUUGAUCAUCGCAUACGGCCUCAUCGGAGUCAUGUUGUUCUGUACGGUUCACGCGCUGGGAGAAUUGGCCGUGGCUUUUCCUGUUGCGGGCUCCUUCUCCGUAUACUCAACACGGUUCAUCGAUCCGGCAUGGGGAUUUGCCAUGGGAUGGAAUUAUGCCUUGCAAUGGAUGGUCACUCUUCCUCUCGAAAUUGUCGCUGCAGCAAUCACUCUGGAGUUCUGGCCAGGAAGUCGAGACACUAACUCCGCCGCUUGGGUCACCAUCUUCCUUUUUGUCAUAAUCGCCAUCAACUUCUUUGGCGUCCGUGGUUAUGGAGAAGCUGAAUUCGUCUUUUCCAUUAUCAAGGUUGCCGCUGUCAUUGGCUUCAUCCUGCUAGGAAUCAUCAUCAACACUGGCGGUAUUCCUGGAGACACUAGAGGAUACAUUGGGGCGCGUUACUGGUACGACCCUGGCGCAUUCAACCAUGGAUUCAAGGGUUUAUGUUCGGUCUUUGUGACAGCGGCCUUCUCUUUCUCCGGCACGGAACUUGUUGGUCUUGCAGCGGCCGAAACGGAAAACCCUCGUUUGGCGUUGCCAAAAGCCGUCAAGCAGGUUUUCUGGCGUAUUGCUCUUUUUUACAUGGUUUCACUGACCAUUGUCGGAGUCCUGGUCCCUUAUAACGACGAGGACCUGCUGAAUGGAUCCAGCUCAUCCGACGCCAAUGCUUCACCCUUUGUCAUUGCAGUGCGCAAUGCCGGAAUCUCAGUUGUGCCUUCAAUCAUGAAUGCUGUGAUUCUGAUUGCCGUGCUUUCGGUCGGAAACUCGUCCAUCUAUGGUGCGAGUAGAACACUGGCCGCCCUUGCUGAUCGAGGCCAGGCUCCCAAAAUCCUGGGAUACAUCGAUCGUUCCGGAAGACCACUGGUCUCUAUAACUGUCUGCUCGGCUAUUGGCUUCCUUUGUUAUAUCGUCGCAGCCGGACCGGAUACAACCACCCAGGCUUUCAACUGGAUGUUGGCCAUCUCUGGUCUGGCAGCAAUUUUUACUUGGGGCUCCAUCUGCCUAUGUCACAUUCGCUUCCGACAAGCAUGGAAAGCCGCCGGUCAUACACUGGACGAGCUUGCUUUCAAAUCCCAAGCCACAGUUUACGGGAGCUACGUGGGAUUAGCGAUGAAUUGUUUGAUUCUGGUCGCACAAUUCUGGACCGGAUUUGCUCCUGUUGGAUAUGGUGAAAUGACAGCAUCUGAGCGGGUCGAGGGGUUCUUUGAGGUUUAUCUGGCUUGCCCUAUCAUCAUUGUCUUUUUCCUCGGAUUCAAGUUCAUCAAGAAGACGAAAUUUCGCAGAAUCAAGGACAUUGACAUCACCAGUGGCCGUAGGGAGAUGAAUUUGGCAGAAAUCCUGGCCGAGGAAAGGGCAAUUCGUGCCAAAUGGCCAUGGUGGAAAAAGGUGUACAGAACCGUCUGUUGA